AUGAAAAUAAAUAAGAAUCCUGAAAGUUCCCUUUCUAGCGAAGCCUCUUCAACCAUACGACAGCGUCGUCGACCAUCUGUUAGUGACAUCCCUGUAUCUGGAACAAAUUCAACAAAUCAAGAUGGAAAGAAACUACUAAACAGAUUGGCAGUGGUUUUAUUGUUAUUUGCCAUUUUGACUUAUUUUGUCAAAAUUCAAUUUAAACAAAAUAUUCCACAAUCAAAUGAAGGUCUCAACAUGGAAAAUAUUGUAAAUAUAUUCGAUACUGGUUCAAAAAAAUUAUCGUCACUCGAAAUUCCAGAGACAAAUGAAAUUAAUAAAUAUCGUAUCAAUGUUCGUGAUCUCGGUGUGAUAAUUAAAAAGAGUGACAUUAUUGUUCAAAAUGGAAAAUUAAUUUCCGAAGUACUUUUCGAAUUGGAUAAGGAAAUACAAGCAGCAGGUAAAGAGAUUGAAGAAUUUCGUCAUCAAGCAAAGAAUUUCUUGUGGUCCCUUGCAGAUGAAGUAAACUCAAUUACCGAAGAAAUUGAAAGGGUUAAACAGUUUGAAGGACACUUGUUCAACCUAUUUAUUGGAUUAAAUAGUCAAUUGGUUUCAACUAAUCUUUUAAAUUUUAUUCGUGAGCGUCUCAAAGUGAUAGAAAAACAGAUACCUGGGCUUCAAAACCAGCUCAAGCAAGUUAUUGGCUCAAUUUCUAAAUUCCAACAUGGUGCAAACAGUGCACAUGAAUAUCUUAUCGAUGGUGAACGUGAGGCAGAACAAGUCUUAAAAAAACACUGGUUAGGAGAAGUCAUCGAUUAUAAUUUACGUAGGAGAGCAGAAUCAGAGCUUGUACAUGUUCAAUGUAUUAUAAAAUUGCUGCGAGAGAUAGCCCCAAGUCUUAUCAACUUUGAAACCUUUUUAAACGAAUACCAUCGUAAGAUACAAGAUGUUAGUAAAGAAGUUCGUCAUGUUCGGAGUUUUGCAAAAAUUACAACUGAAAGUAUAAAAUAUUUGAGAAAAGCUGUCACUGAUCUUGAAAAACAACAUGAAAAAUUUUCUUCUGCAGAGAAACAAAUUGGACAUAAACCAAUGGAUUCUUAUUAUUUUGAUGAUAUAAUUAAUUCACGAAACCGUGAUUGUACUGAAUUUCAUGCAUUGAUUGAAAAACCUAAUAAGGCGCAUCUUAAGAAAAUAAGAAUUUGGUCAUCUGACAUAGUUAAUGCUAUUGCAUUCUUUUAUUCUGAUGACACUUCUGCCAUAUAUGGUACACCAGGUGAUGGUGAUCCUUAUGACUUUGAUUGGCAUAAGGAUGAAAAAAUUAAGAAUAUCGUUAUACGAAUUGGAUCUGUGUUGUAUGCAAUCCAAUUUCAAACUAAUCAAGGUCGAGUUUCUGAUAUGCGUGGUGGUGAACAGGGAAAUGCAUAUUACGUUCAUGCGGGAGAUAACAUACCGUCUAUUGGAAUUCAUGGAAGUUUUUCUCGGCAAAUAUGUAGUAUUGGAAUUAUUGCACAUUAG